AUGAUAAGCAAGGAUCCAAGAUCGACUUUACCACCAGGGUUUCGAUUUCAUCCAACAGAUGAAGAACUCAUUCUCCAUUACCUAAGGAAAAAAGUUUCCUCUUCACCUGUCCCCCUUUCGAUCAUCGCCGAUGUUGAUAUCUACAAAUUCGAUCCUUGGGAUUUACCUGCCAAGGCUCCGUUUGGAGAGAAAGAGUGGUAUUUUUUCAGUCCGAGGGACAGAAAAUAUCCUAAUGGAGCGCGACCAAACAGAGCGGCUGCGUCUGGAUAUUGGAAAGCAACGGGAACAGAUAAACUAAUCGCGAUAUCAAAUGGUGAAGCGUUUCAUGAAAACAUUGGUAUAAAAAAAGCUCUUGUGUUUUAUAGAGGAAAGCCUCCAAAAGGUGUCAAAACCAAUUGGAUCAUGCAUGAAUAUCGUCUUGCCGAAUCUCUAUCGCCCAAAAGAGUGGGCCGUUCUAGCCUAGGAGAUAGGGGUUUGAAAUCUAAAGAAUAUUCGAUGAGGCUGGAUGAUUGGGUUCUUUGCCGGAUUUACAAGAAAUCACACGCGUCAUUGUCAUCACCAGAUGUUGCUUCGGUUACAAGCGAACAAGAACAUGAGGAAAAUGACAACGAACCAUUCGUAGUCAGCGAAACCCUUUUGCCAAAUUUGGCAAACGAUCGAACCCUUAAACGCCAGAAGUCUUCUUUCUCCAACUUAUUAGACGCGACGGAUUUGACGUUCCUCACAAAUUUUCUAAACGAAACUCCGGAAAAUCGUCCAGAAUCAGAGUUUUCUUUCAUGUUUGGAAAUUUCUCAAACCCCGACAUCUGCGGAAACCGUUACUUGGAUCAAAAGUUACCCCAACUGAGCUCUCCUGCUUCAGAGACUAGCGUGAUCGGUAACAAAAGAGAAAGACUGGAUUUUGCGGAAGAAACGAUGAAUACUUCGAAGACGAUGAUCAACAACUUUAGUUACAACAAUAGUAUAGAUCAUUUGGAUCAUAGUAUGGUUCAACAAUCUAGUUUUCUGAAUCAGGACAUCUUGAUGAGUCGUCCUCACCUUCAAUAUCAAGGCUAG